AUGCCAAAACCAAAAACUUUUUUUGUUGUUCUUACCUGCUUACUGCUUCUGAUUGAUAACUCGGGAGCACAACUUGGCCAACUAUUUCAACCUUAUCUUACUAAUUCAAAUACACCUAGAAAUGCAUCUCGGCUUGUGUUAACUGACGAGCUUUGUUCACAAGAUGAGUGCUUGAUUCAAAAACAUUGGACUCGAGAAGAUACAUGUGCAUACAUUAAAUGUAAUAAAGAUGCUUGUGAAGGUGGUGGUUAUCUUCAGUGGUCGGAAUAUAUCAAAUGUGAGCACAGCAGAUCAAUACGGAUCAUCUUAAUAAUUAUCAGCAUUAUAUAUUUGCUCUUCUUGUUCGUUGUAAUGACUGUGGUAGCUGAUGACUUUUUCUCUCCUUCAAUUGCCGGAAUAGUUCGACAUUUGAAAAUUAGUGAAUCUAUUGCGGGUGUUACAUUUCUGGCGUUCGGAAACGGUGCUCCAGAUGUAUUUGGAAGCAUUGCUUCAGUAAUCACAACACCAAAACCGAAAGCUGAUCUUGCAAUUGGGGAUAUUAUUGGCGGAGGAAUUUUUGUCACUACAGUAGUCUUGUCGGCAAUUAUUCUCACAAAAUCGUUUCGAAUUGCGAUUCUUGCAACUAUUCGUGAUAUUGUCUUCUUCAUUAUUGCGGAUAUAUUUCUAGCAAUUUGGUUUCUCACAUUCAACCAUGUAGAGAUUUGGAUGCCUCUCACUUUUCUUGGUUUGUAUGCUGCAUAUGUAGUCUCCGUGAUUUUGAUGCGGCUAAACUCCAAACGGAGGAAAAGAGCGAGGCACGAAAAAAUUGAAAAUGCUAGAAAAGAAAGUGCGAUGAACCAUCACACCCACAAAAUUUCCACAUUUAUUGGAUUUUUCAUGGAUUAUGCUCACGUGAUCAACUUUUUCGCUAAUAACAAAAUCUCUUCAAUGACCAACAAUGUCAAAAACUUUCUCGAUGGAAAAGAAGAUUCAUUGGAAGACGGACUUGUCGAUGAAACGAGUGAUGAUGAAGGUGUUGAGGCAGAGUUUCACUAUGCUCAUCGUCACGUCUACAAAUCUUAUGACGAAGCUAGUCUCGCAUUUACUGACGUGGAGGAAAUUCAACCAAAAACUUGGAAAUCCUGGGAAUGGGUCCGAGAUGUCCGAAACCACUUGAGACCUUGGCCUGGAAACGAUGAAUUUUACGAGAUGAACUAUUUCUCUAGGUUCAUCACUGUUGUAGCCGUUAUUCCAACUUUCUUUUUGAAAUUGACAAUUCCUUCCAACGAAAUGCCAUGGUCAAAGCCAAUUCUGAUAAUUCAUUGUUUCUGCUCCAUCCAGCUUGCCCUUUUUGCUGUUCAAAUAUCUGCCAAAUCACCAUUUCAUGGAAGCCCAGGCCUUUGGUUGUAUGGGUUACUCAUUUCAAUAAUAUUGAGUCUUCUUGCUCUCAGGUUCACUCCGCUUGACAGGGAGCAAAAGUAUUACCGGGAAGUGUAUUCAUACUUAGGAUUUUUGAUGUCAAUUGCCUGGAUUUAUACAAUUUCUUCUGAAAUCAUCAAUGUCAUCACAAUGAUCGGCGUGGCGACUGGAGUCUCACAGGAAAUUCUUGGUUUAACCAUCAUGGCGUGGAGUAAUUGCAUUGGAGAUAUUGUUUCUGACGUAGCUGUUGUGAAACAAGGAUUCCCUAAAAUGGCGAUGGCAGCUGCGAUCGGAGGACCACUUUUUAGUAAGUUGUACUCGAGGCCCUGUCAAAUAAAAAUAACCACUUAUAUUUCAGAUCUCCUUAUUGGAUUUGGUCUCCCAUUCACAAUCGCAUGUUUGCAAGGAAAACAAAUUGAUCUUAUCAUAACACCGGUCUAUCGUCUUCUCAUGCUAUUUUUGGCGAUUUCUCUAUUCACUUCCCUUAUCGCAAUAUUUGUUCAAAGGUUCAAGGUUCGAUGGCCACAUGCAGUUGCACUUCUCACAGUUUUUGUAGCUUUUCUUAUAUUUGUACUUCUAUCGGAGACUCACACAUUGGAAUGGAACUAG